GCUCUUUCUCUGGAGUUUGCGUUUUUUCCUGCGCGAGACGUCGCGUUCUGUAUAUACCGAAGCACAGCGCGUCGCACCAACUCCUCGAGGUUCGCGUCGUCGGCGGUUCUGCUCGAGACGACGACGUAGUAGUACGACAGCAGCCGCGCCGUACUACCGCUGUAGUGAUACUACUCCAGAAAAUACGCUAUAGUCAGUGCAGGCCACUGCCGACGAGAGAGAGCGACCCGAAAAUGGCCGACUCCCCUCCACUCUCGCGACUCCCGAGUUCUCUCACCUUUCGCCGCCGCCGCCGCCGCCGCCGCCGCCGCCGCGCGUAUGUGACAUGAAUGUGUGUGAGAGAUUUUUAAUUCCGAGAGUACUCGCGACUGACUUCAGAUUACGCGCGCUUGAUUGUUGUUGCGAUUGUCGACGUAAAUAAAGUUUUUCGUGCCGCGGGCCCUUUAAGCUUCUUUCCCUGUUUUGCCUGCUCCGAUUUCGAUUUCGGAGUCGCGGAGGAGUUUCGUAAAUAAACAAGUGGCGGCUAUUCGUGCUGCGGUGGUGGUGGUGGUGGUGGAAAGGUGGACGGGGAAAAAACUUGUCCAAAUCGCGCGACGUGAACGGCUCCAAGGCGGCGCAUCUUCUGCUAGUGCGUGUUCCGUGGACUCCGGAGCGAAAACAUGGCUGCGGCGGUUGCGAGAGUGUUUAGAAAUAAACUGCUGGGGAAGGAGGGCCUGCUGAGAUGUGCCAACUCCGUGCAGGGCUUGAAACUUUCCACGCAAACACAACCUAACAUUCAGCCGGAAGAAUCAACGGAGGUAAGGCUGAGCCCUCUGCAGCAUCCGGACUACUUUCAAGUGCACAAGUUGUUCACCGUCAAAGACUUGUUCGAUGCCAGAGUGCACUAUGGACACAAAGAGGGAACGCUGGAUGAGCACAUGAGACCCUUCAUCUAUGGAUCCAGGAUGGGACACUUGAUAUUUGAUCUGGACCACACAGCCGAACUCCUCAGAGAGGCCCUGAACUUCACAGCGCAUAUAGCCUAUAACCAAGGAAUCAUCUUGUUUCUCUGCAGAAAUCCGCAGAACACUCAUCUGGUGGAGAAGACAGCAAAGGAAUGCGGAGAGUUUGCUCACACGAGGAGAUGGAGAGGAGGUAUAUUCACCAACUCUACGAAAGAAUUUGGAGCGGUCACAAGGUUACCAGAUCUUUGUAUAUUUUUGAGCACCUUAAAUACCGUCAUGCUGGAGCAUAGGGCUGUGAGCAACGCCGCUAAAAUGCUGAUACCCACAGUGGGAAUUGUUGAUUCUAAUUGCAAUCCAAAUCUUAUAACUUAUCCCGUGCCUGGCAACGACGACACGCCGUGCGCCGUAGAACUUUAUUGUAAAUUAUUCAAGCAGGCUAUUUUAUUAGGUAAGGAAGCUCGAGUCAGAGAUAAAACAGAAACGUAAUAUUUAAUUGUAGAAAACAAAACAAAAUCAUUACAAAUAUAAUAUUAAUUAGUAUAUACAUAUACAAAAUUCCCUUUUUGUACCUUGUACAUGUUAUCACAAUGUAAUAUAUGGCAGAAGUUACUAAAUGGAAUGGUUAUGACAUUUAU